AUGGAGAGGAACCCUUUCUGGACGGUGCUUCUUGUGGUCGGGGUGGCUUCGGUGGUGGUCGCUAAACUGACCUACGAAGAGGCCGCAGAUCUUGCCGCUGACCUCUACAACCGAAACGCCGGCGAAAACGUCACCUUUCUGGUUGCCAAAGUAGUCCCUCUCCCCAAAUGGGAUGCCAAUUCGGUCAAUGCCCAACAGCUGAACUUCACCCUGAAAGAGGUGGAUUGCCAGGUGAAGGAGAAGUCCCCAAAACUGGAAGAAGAGGAGGAGGAGGAGGAGGAGGAGGAAGAGUGUACCUUCAAAGACAAUGGGUUGGUUAAAACAUGCUUUGGCUUCUGUUUCCUCAACGAAGAGCCGCCAGCAGCCGUCCUGGUUUGCAGUAUCACCAACGAAGAGAAAACGACGGAGCGACCCAAGCGAGUGAAGCGGUUCAAGAAGUUCUGGAGGAAGACCCGGCGCCGUCUGCGCAAACCUCUGCAGACCGCCAUCCGCAAUAUCGUCCUCCAAAAGGCCAUUGUGGUGGCAGGGAAGCUCCUUCUAUGAGAGAUGGAGAGAGAUUCAAAGCAGACCCAAAUAUCCCUUGUUACAACUCGUGCCCAUUUCUUAUCCCAGUUUGAUCCCACAUUGGGUGCAUCUACACCAGGCAUA